AUGGGAGAGCAUGUGCAUGUAGGAGCGUGCAUGUGGAAAUCGUUCGGGAUAUUUGCAGCCGCAACGUCCGCGGUCGGAACCGCGGACGUGGUGAGCGAUUGCCAAGCCGCGAUAAAAACGGCCCCCGUGUCUGAAACGUACCGUGACUACUGUGGCACGGCUUGUACCACCUGGGGCUCGAACUACGGAGCCGCCUUCUGUGGCGUAGAGGUGACGUCCGACCUGAGUGUGUUACUCUCCUGUCUCGAGAAAAUGGAGGUCGCCUGUGCCGGCGCCUCCAAGGGUGGUGACACCGGAACUACCCCCGGCCCGACCACGUCCUCGGCGACCACGACCCCGCCAACGACGUCCAAGGCGACGACCCAGACCACGUCCAAGGCCACGACCCAGACCACGUCCAAGGCCACGACCCAGACCACGUCCAAGGCCACAACCCAGACCACGUCCAAGGCCACGACCCAGACCACGUCCAAGGCCACAACCCAGACCACGAGCUCAACGUCCGCGACCACGGCCCCUCCGGUCCCCGGGCCGACUGACGCAUGCGAAGUGGCUACGACCUGCGCAUACGACGUAGGCGCCACGACGUGUCCGUACGCCUGCGACUCGGGCAACUCCUUCACCACGACGACUACCAAGGCGACUACGGGAACUACCAAAGCGACUACGGGAACUACCAAGGCGACUACGGGAACUACCAAAGCGACUACGGCGACUACCAAAGCGACUACGGCGACUACCAAAGCGACUACGGCGACUACUAAAGCGACUACUAAGGCUACCACGGCUACGACGGCGAGCAGUGGAGACGGUUCGGCGAGUGGGUUCGCGAUUGAGUUUCCGUCGGACGCGGCGGCGACGCCGAUAUCGGGUCCAACGGGUCCUUCGGGGGAGUGUGUUUGGAGUUAUAGCGGGGGUGAAUAUUCCGCCGGAUCGUACGCAGGUGUUGGCAACAAGGUGUAUAAGGCUAGUCAGUGGGCGGGUACUUCGGAUGUACCUGGACAGUCGGCGGUUUGGCAGGCGGCAGGUGAGUGCACUGGUACAGCUCCGGCGGUGUUGACUCUGGCGGAUAUGACGGCGCAGGCUGACGCUAAUGUGCCUAGGACCUUCUUCGAUGCGUGGACACCACGACUGCCUAGUCGACAGGAGACUGAGGCAGUAGAAGCUAAGUUGGAGAGCGACGCAAAUAUUAAAGCGUUACGAGAUGCGGCCAGAGUGUUGCCCCGGACGCAGAUAGAAGCGAUAACACCUGGCAGUGGUUCGAAUCCCGAGAAUGUCAAGAGAGUGGAAACCUUCGUUACUCCCGAAACGUGGGACCAAAUGUUCCCCUUCCGUCACCAAGCUUACAGCUACGAAAAUUAUCUAAAGGCAGUAGGUGCAUUCCCCGAUUAUUGUAAGACGUAUGAUGAUGGUCGCGAUUCGGAUACCAUAUGCAAGAAGCUAGUAGCUGCCUCCUUUGCACAUUACGCCCAGGAAACUGGUGCGAAUGCUCCUGCCUGGACAAUUGAUCAAAACGAACUGAAUGACGGUGUUCAUAAAAACCCUGGUGCUGCAGCCUAUUUCAAACCUGGAGAAGCCGUUCCGACGUACCUUCAGGGCCUUUAUUGGGUCCGUGAGGCUGCUUUCCAAAAUGGUGGAGGCGACCCGGAAAGUGUGACGGAAAGUACCUAUGAAGCCUGCGAUCCCCAGAGCAACCAACCUUGGAGUAUUUUCUUCCCUUGCUCAGAUGCCGUGACGUAUUACGGCCGAGGCUCCAAACAAUUAUCGUGGAACUACAACUAUGGACUCUUCUCCAGAGCCAUGUUCAACGAUGUUUCCACAUUACUGAACGAGCCCCGACAGGUGGCUGAUACUUGGCUCAAUUUCGCCUCGGGUAUCUGGUUCGCAGUCACUCCUCAACCCCCUAAACCUCCCAUGACCUGGGCACUUGAUGGUACUUGGACCGGUAGUGAUGUCGACCGAGCCGCCGGCCUUGCUCCCGGCUUUGGGGCCACAAUCGAGAUCAUAAAUGGAGGCUAUGAAUGUCGCGGGGAAUCAGCACAAGCAGCAAACCGUAUUAAAGCCUACCAGGCCUUUAGCAAACUCUUCGGCCUAACCAUCCCGGCAGGCGAACCCAAUGAGUGCUCAGGCUCCACAGGAUUCCCAAGCAACUCACCAGCCGCAGUCCAGUUCUAUUGGAAUAAAGACUGGAGCAACUUUGGCAGCUGCAAACAAGGUAACGAACAAAGCCCAUUCACAGUCGUAACACCUGGCGACUACGCACGCUGCGUUGACUUCUAUUACCGCUCACACACCAUCUAUCAAGGCAAAGAAAUACUUACCAAUGGCGAUACGGUCUGGUAG